GUUUUUAACACUGGUCUUUCGACGUGUUUGGCUUUUUGUGUGAAAGGAAAACAAAGAAUCAAAACAACGGGGGAGUUUGUAGAAUAAUACGUAGUUUUAGAUUCCUUUACUACCAGGGGUUUAGAAUUGUUCCAGCCAUGAGCAACAACGAGAGAAAGGAGGUGAAACCGACCACAUCGGAUUCGAAUUCCUCAUCUAGCGACGAAGGGGAGAGCAAAGACCCCACAAUGGAUAUGAUUCGUCGCUUCUUUGCUCACACUCUGAACCUAGGCGGUUCCACGGACGCAAAAGCAGACCUCAAAGUGGAGAAGGUUAUUCCCGACUUGUCUUUCGAGGGCUUCGUCGAUCAUUGGCGCGAGCAUGGUUUUCGGAAGAUUGUGACCAUGGUGGGAGCCGGCAUUUCCACUUCUGCUGGCAUUCCGGACUUUAGGUCACCAGGAUCUGGACUAUACAGCAACCUGAAGAAGUACAAGCUACCGCAUCCCACAGCCAUAUUCGAUCUUGACUACUUCGAGAAGAACCCGGCUCCGUUUUUUGCCCUGGCCAAGGAGCUAUACCCGGGCUCCUUUAUCCCCACACGGGCCCACUACUUCGUACGUUUACUGAAUGACAAGGGUCUGCUGCAGCGUCACUACACUCAAAAUAUAGACACUUUGGACCGGCUGACUGGCUUGCCUGAGGAUAAGAUUAUUGAAGCGCACGGCAGCUUCCACACCAACCAUUGCCUGAAGUGUCGCAAGGAGUACGAUAUGGCCUGGAUGAAGGCGGAGAUCUUUGCCGAUCGCUUGCCCAAAUGCAAACACUGCAAGGGGGUUGUUAAACCAGACAUUGUCUUCUUUGGCGAGAACCUUCCGCAAAAGUUUUACACCAGUCCCGAUGAGGAUUUCCAGGACUGCGAUCUGCUGAUCAUCAUGGGCACCUCGCUUGAGGUGCAGCCGUUUGCUUCACUGGUUCAAAGGCCUGGACCACGAUGCCUGCGCCUGCUGAUUAAUCGCGAUGCAGUGGGUCAGGCAAGCUUUGUGCCCUGGAUGGAUCCGCAUGAGCGAUCGCUGCUCUACGACCGGCCAAACAAUACGAGGGAUGUGGCCUUCUUGGGCGACUGCGAUGCUGGAGUCCUGGCUUUGGCUAAAGCGCUUGGUUGGGAGGAUGACCUGCAAAAGCUCAUUGACAGUGAAAAGAAGAAACUUAUCGACAAACAAUCGCCAAACAAAAACGAGGAACAGAAAAAAGAGGAAACUAACCAGGAUUCAGAUGACACGGCUUCCAGCAGUCGGGGCAAGAAGGAUCCUUCGGUUUAGAGCAAGAGAUUAGGUUCGGAUUCUGGUGCUGAUUCCAAAUCAGUUACAGCUGCCUAGCCCCUCUCGACAUCACAUCGCACGACCGCUGUUGUGGGCGUGGCAUGCGGCAUUCUAACUGCCUGUUUGUGUGGCUUACACUGAUGUUGCUCCUGCUGCUUCUGUUGCUGCUGCUGCUGCAUCAACUUAAUGACUCGCAAUCUGUCCUGCAGAAAUACACACGCACAAAGCGAAUGAGACACACACGGCAGUCCGGUAAUGAAGCUUCUGCGGUGAAUUGGCCAAUAGAAAAUACGUACGGGCUGCACUAAUUAAAACCAAGCUCGCAACCAGGCCAGCGGGUAACCUCCUGCCGGGGCAAGCAAGCGGAUAUUGUUAAUCGUUGACAGGACUACAGGGGUGGUGGGGCGUCGGACGAAGAUGCAGGCUGCCUGCCUGCCUGUCAACUUUGGCCCUGCCGCGCUCUGGAUGCAUUAGGAAAUCAAAUGCAGCCACGGAAAUAUUGAUAGCCACGCAAUUUGUUGCAGUUGCAGUUGCAGCUGCUACUGCAAUGCCCCAGAACUUUGGCAAUUAAAGCUAAUGGCCUAAGAUCUUGUCUAUUUGCUAUUUUCCCGAGUGUUGCCAUCUCAGCGAAUGUGUGGCUGCACUGAUAAAAAUGAUUGCUAAAAAGGAACUUAUUAGGAUUCAAAGUUCAACUUAAAAAACGUAAUUUAAAUGCUAUGAGCUGUAUGACUUAUGUAAAUAAAUAGGAAUAGGAACAAUUCGUUCAAGCAAAGCUAGAAAUUUUCCUUCCCUAAUGUUAAACAUUCUAAAUCAAGGUUCUGCGUUACUAAACGCACGCAGGAAAAAAUGCUUUUAAAGAUAUAAAAUAACAAAUAACUUAUAAGCAUUUAUUGUAAUUUUUGAUUUCUCAUUGAUAACUCUAAAAUUUGUGAU